AGCUUCAAUUAAGCAAUUAAGUGUAGACGUUCCGCACGGGCUGAGGCUUCAGAACGUGGGGGGUUCAGCCACAGUGUGGCUUGGCUGGCUUUUGUGCCGCUGACGUAAGAACACCAAUUCAAGGUUCCGAGUUGGCUAUAGGUAUCCUUUGAAUAAACCAUAUUGAUAUGCAUGAAUCGUAUAGCGAGGAGCAAUCGAACGAUGCAUAUACGGACGUAUCUGUACCACGAAUAUGCAUUGUGCCACAAUGUCUUGCUCAAGUGCUUUUGGCUACCUACCAAUACUCUCUCUCAAUCUAAAUGUUUCCUAUCAAUGCCUAGACAAAUCUAUGAUGCAUUUUACAAAUCCACAGUGUGUUAGCGUGACGCGAUAAUACCUCGGCAACUGAGAGGCUCAUGCUAGUACUAGGUAGACAAAGCUAUUGCAGAGAAGUUUAAAAGGCUUGACAAGGCUCAAGGAAAAGAGGAUCAUCUUCGCUAGCAUCAGUGGAUUACACGGUAAUUUAUCUUACACAUAUGACCGUCCUAGUCUUACGUUAAAUAAUACUUCCGUCUGCAGCCUCAGCUUAGAUUACUAGAUGAAAAGAUAUUUAAUCCUCUCCGAAUCAGCAUCUCGUUUCUCAACAUAACAUCGUUUAAGCAUCAUCAAUCAUGGCUACUGAAGAACAGUCGAAGGUUAAGCUCUAUUGGCUAGAGCAGUCUCGCGCUCAAAACAUCCUUUGGCUCCUCGAAGAACUCAAGCUGCCCUAUGAGCUCGAAACGUUUCAUCGGGUCAACAUGCUUGCCCCGCCGGAGCUGAAGAAGAUCCAUCCGCUAGGCAAGUCACCUGUGAUCUCUAUCACACCUCCGGGGUCUACGGAGCCAAUGGUUUUGGCCGAAAGUGGAUUCAUAGUUCAAUACCUGUGCGAACACUUUGGUCAAGGAACCACGAUGAUGCCUAAGCGCUGGAAGGAAGGCCAGGAAGGAAAAGUCGGCGGCGAAACUGAACAGUGGAUGCGAUGGCAAUACAUUUUGCAUUAUGUCGAGGGUUCUCUGAUGCCGAUGCUCGUUAUGUCAAUCGUGUUAGGCGCACUUAAAAGUCCUCAGGUCCCGUUCUUCAUUCGUCCGAUAACAUCCUUGGUCGUCAACCAACUCUUCAGCCGCCUGGUUCUUCCAAACGCAAAGGCUCAGCUGGGCUUCCUAGAGCAGCAACUAGAGACAUCUGGAGGCGAUUACCUAUGCGGCCCGGAUCUUACCUCUGCGGAUGUGCUUAUCAGCUUCGCAUUGAUUGCGGCCAAGGAUAAAUUUGAGACAUUCGGAACGUGGGAAGCAGGUGGCCCCAAGAAAUUGUUCCCCAAGCUUUUUGCGUACAUCGACAGACUUGAGGCGCAACCCGGAUAUAAGAAGUCUGUUGAAAAGAUCAAGGAAAUUGACUCAAGCCUCAGUACCGAGUACCCGUCAUAAUUUGCAUCUUGAGGGGUUUCAAUCGAACAGCAGAUACGUACGUACUAUCAUACUCUACUCAUGUGUUACGAUAAGAAGAUAUUGCAAAUUCGGAAUAAACGAAUUCUAAAUGCAGCCUGCCGAUUGGACGAGAUGGCAGGAUCGCGGUUUGGGGCGGGAGCUGAGUGUGCGUCUUGCAGUAGCGGUCAACCUAACAUCCCGGCCUGUUGAAGAUAGAUAGAUUUCGUCAACGUGCAUUAAUCAUCCAAUGGCGCCCAAUAAUAGGCCGAUCCAUCCAAGCGGCUGUCUCUGGAUCCGAAUCUCAUUGAUCAUUUUGGCAUUAUUCUUCGACCGCUCCUCUACAAUAGUAAUAAUAAAAUCGACCCAACCUCAACACAAAAUAAAUUCGUAUUGCAGUGCAAUCCAAACGGAA